UGAGUUUGUAUGCACUGUACCUAGGCCACUUGUCUCUGAAGAAGUCAGCAUUACCAUCGCUGCAAGUAUGGUUCACCCGGGAGAUGCCAUAAACAAGAAGGAGGCCGCUGAAGCGCUAGACUCGCUAUUGCUGGCGGAUGAGGUUUGGGAUGAAUGUGAUAUAGGCUCAGCCAACGAGUGGCCAGAAACGUUACAGUCAAUUGCACCCUUCGUCUUCACCCUCUCACAUCCUGCCGCCAUCUUUUGGGGCGAGAAGCUCGUCAUGAUAUACAAUGGAGCCUGGGAGGCCACUUCUCACAGCGCUCUCAAGCAAGGAAGGCCGCCUACCGACGCCUUCCCGAAAGACACAGUCGACAUUCUUCGGGACUACAUUCAAGGUCGCAUAUCACGGCCUAUCGUCGCCUCCGAACUGUCCGACCGUCCAUCCUCGAGCAUCGAAAAGUCCCCAGUCGUGUGCAGUCCGAUCAAUGACCAAGGCGAGAUUGCAGGUGUUCUGGUGCAGAUCUUCAACAAAACACACUCAAAUAGCAACGAGGCUAAAGAGGAGGCUUCCAAGGAAGAAAAGCAGCAGAAGCAGGCUUCACCAGGCGAGGACAUGAAUAAUCUCGUCAACCAUGAAGAGACUGCAUUGGAUAGACAACCAUUCUUCCAGAAAUUCGCCGAGAUGUUGCCAACUGGACUCGCUAUCUUAGAUCACAAGGCCGACCCGUUAUUCGUCAACCACCAAUUCCACGAUCUGACCGCCCACCGAGGCCCAGAUCAGUCUUUCAGGAUGUGGCCUGAGACUAUCCAUCCAGACGACUAUGAACGAGUCAUGAAAGAGUACCACAGUGCCUUCGACUCGCAGACGGACCUGGAGACAGAGUUCAGAGCCUUUGGUGAAAACCAAUGGAGACUGUUCCUGAUGCGCCCGCUAGGAAAGAACAACCUACAACAGUUUACCCUUAGACAAUUUGGUGGCUACAUAUGUGCCCUGAUUGACGUAUCCGACAUGAAGAACGCCGAGCUUGCUCAGACCCGCGCAGCCAAAGAAGCGCGUGAGAGGAAGCAACAGCAGGAGCGCUUCAUAGAUAUGAUUAGUCACGAGAUCAGGAACCCGCUAUCAGCUGUGUUGCACUGUGCUGAAAAUAUUAUGGAAGCGGUACACGAUGGUAAAGCGAAAUCAACCCAAGACAUCUCUGUGGACGAAAUUGUCGAAGCUGUCAGCACCAUCCAACUCUGCGUGGAUCAUCAAAAAAACCUCGUAGAUGACGUUCUGAGCUUCUCGAAGCUUGACGCUUCUAUGCUCACGCUCGCCCCCAGAGCCACAAAACCCAAGGUUCAGAUGGCAGAUACACUCAAGAUCUUCCAGCCAGAAUUGCGAAAGAAGAAGGUCGAAUUUGGAUAUACAGUCACGCCAGAAUACGACAACUGCAGCGUCGACUGGGUCAUGGCAGACCUUGUUCGAAUCAGUCAAGUCAUUGUCAAUCUCAUGACAAACGCGAUCAAAUUUACGACCAAGUCAGAACGCAAGAAGAAGAUUGAUAUCGAGGUGGCUGCGUCGAUCGAAAGGCCAACAUCUUACCCACCUAAUGUGGUCUUCUUCAAAACUGACAACAUCGGUUUGAAGACCGAUGCUACCGGGAAUGCCGAGUGGGGAGACGGUGAACCAUUGUAUAUCAUGGUUGCCGUGAAGGAUACCGGAAUUGGCAUCAGCAAGGAAAAUCAGUCCAAGCUGUUCGAGCGUUUCCAACAGGCUACACCGAAGACGGGCCAGAUGUAUGGUGGCUCCGGGCUCGGCCUGAACAUAGCUCGCAAAAUGUGUCAGCUGCAUGGUGGAGAAAUAGGUGUCAGUUCAGUUGAAGGUGAAGGAUCGACCUUUGGCUUCUUCUUUAGGGUCCGACGCGGCGGCGAACCCGAGGACUCUGACAAACUGGAGCCCAAGGAGCUUUCGAGGAAGCUCGAGCAAAGUGGGCAUGUGGACAAGGUCAAGGUAGAUGAAGACAAGGUGCCAGAAGAUCUGAGUAAUGUUUCUGGGGAAAAUACUGGAACCAACAGCGAGGACCCGCCUAAGGACCGAUGGCAACACACAGGCGACAUGGCCGAUCAGAUGAGCCAGAAGCACAAAGACAGUAAUGCGCCCCGCGACCAAGACGAGAAGUCAUCAACAAGAGCCGAGGACGACGUGGGUCAAAGACGACAAAAUAGACCAGCCAACGCCGGUCGAAGCUCUCAUCGCCCUGAUGCAAGCUUUGAAAAGAGCGAACCGACAAACCCAAAGGACCAGGAUCGCAAGGAUGACGACCAGGAGUUUGGUCAUGAUAAGACUGGUCCUAGAGGCGAGGACUUCGCAAAGCGAGACAAGGAAGAAGCAAAGAAGCCUGUUGAUCAAGUUUCAAAUCCUCAAAGUGACUCGAGACCCACGAUAUUAUUUGUUGAGGAUAAUUUGAUCAACCAAAAGCUUGUCAAGAAGAAGAUUGAGGCAAAGGGCUUUCAAGUCACGACUGCAGAUAACGGCAAGGAGGCUCUAGACUUGAUCACAGCGCGUUCUUCCGAGCACAAGCCUCCAUUCGAUUGCAUACUGAUGGAUCAGGAGAUGCCUGUUAUGGACGGCAAGACUGCUUCCAGAGAGAUCAGGAGAUUCGAGGACGAGAACGAUCUCCCCAAAGUCAACAUCAUCGGUGUGACUGCCAACGUAAGAGAAGAGCAACAGAGCGAGAUGACAGAGGCUGGGAUGAAUGAUGUGAUCGCAAAGCCAUUCAAGAUGGAGGAUUUGCUGGAGAAGGUGAGGAGGGGCAGCAAGUAGCGGCGCUGAAUGAUUUGCAUGGACAAGGACGUUUGUUUUGGGCAGGGAAGCAUUUGGGAACAUCUCUUUUUCUUGCAUAGUAUGAGCCUAUUAUGACGACGAUUUACGACACUGUAUAGUGCAUAAUUUACACAGUAUUUCUUGUCUUCUUGUUCAGUUCGUGUGACAAUCGAGGGGUGGAAGUAGGUGAUCACUAAGCUCAUUGCGUGACAGACUUGUUCGCGGACCGUGGACGCCGUGACCCGGCAACGAAGGUUUCUGCCAGCUCAACCACCGCUGCGACCAGACAGGACAAGCAUGCCCUGCUGAGUACAC